GUUGAGAGAUUUUAGGUCCAAUUGUUUUUUUUCCAGCUGAAGCUGGUAUUUUUCAAACCCAUGUAAAAUCUUUAUUCCUGAAGAUAUCUGCACAAAUCUAGUGUUGUUGCAAAGAUUGAGAUUAGUUCUUUCCAAAUAUGUAAGAUACAUCCCUGGGAAAUGUUCACAUGUUCUACGCUCCGGGGCCGGUAGCAGCGGCCGCGACUCUGGGCGUGCGCCGGGCCCUUCUCGCGGAUCUCCCCGACUACGGUGCUGCGUCGGGGCUAAGCGAGGCCAUUGGAACGCAUCCUGCCAACUCUCUCAAGAGUUGUGCGGAGAAUUCACACCUGUAAGGGGCCCCAGGAACGGGGGGUUUCCUCACAUGGUUAGAACGAUAACCUGCCAACCUUGCAAGAUAAUUCGAGGAGUCUCGAAUCAGGAGGUUGGCGGAGAGAAAAUCUCGCCGCAAGCGGGCAAUGGGUAAGAGGGAGCCCACGGGUAAGACCCGACACCAUAACUCUCAGGGUAGUAUGGCCGUAAGAGCCUUUCCAGUGAUUGCGGUUGGUCAGCGAUACGGGCGACGGAAGUUUGAGUAUCUUACUGAUCGGCUGUUGUCAUUUGGUUAGGAAAUUGUCAGGGUGCGAGACCCGAAUUGCCAAAAUGGAGAGCGAGAUAUUUCUUACAUCCGGCCCCGCCGGGACCCGAAACCCCGAUGCCGUAGUGGGAGGGGUAACUCGUCCCCCAAGCUCUGAUGUCGCGGGACCUUCCGACCCAAGAGGGGUAGGGAGCGGUUGGUCCGGGGAUCAGGCGCUUGACGGGAGUAUCCAUAGCCUCAAUGUCGGGAACGGCAACGCCUAUAACCGGCCCGGACCAGGAAAACUGGCCUUCCCCAGCCCGAACGCCACCACCAUGGAUAGUAGGGCGUACAAGUCGACUACGGACCCGGCUCAAAGUAUGGUUGUGGACUUAUUGAGAGUCCCGGUGACUGGUCUCCUGGAGGCGUACAGGGGAUUGGCAGCGGAGAUGAUCGACGCAGCCAGAACCUCCAAGGACCAACACAUCUCAGUCCUCAAAUUAUGGCUCGAGGACGCAGCCGAGUGGCCCGCUCGACUGGAAGCUGCAGCCCGGUCCGUACUCCGGAUGUUGGGGGGAGUUGAGGAGAAGGAUAGGAGGAAGCAUCUUACCUCACGGAAGUCACUUAGGGUACGAGUGACUGGCACUGGUGGGUCAAGAAGGGCGAGGGCAAGAACAGCUGCCUUCAGCAGGUGUCAACAGCUCUUCAGGAACGACCCAGCCCGCCUAGCACAAGAAGUCCUAGACGGCAGUUCACCUGCCGUCUGCCCCAUUCCCCUCACGGUAGUAGAGGAAGCCUACAGGAGGAAAUGGGAGGUCCCGGGACUCUUUGACGGACUGGGAAGGUUCCUGAUCGAAGGGGAUGCGGAUAACGGUCCCUUUGAAUCAGCUCUCACGGCAACGGAGGUAUUGGAAAGCCUUCGAGCCAUGUCGAGCGACUCCGCACCAGGCCCAGACGGUAUUAAAAAGCAGUACUUGCUUGAAUGGGAUCCUGAGUGUGAGACGGUCACACGUAUGUUCAACGUGUGGAUGUUCACCGGAGUCGUACCGGUGUGUUUUAAGCGGUGUCGAACGGUGCUCAAAUUCUGAACGUGGCAAAAAUUGGCUAAUUUGACCUAAAUUAUCUCAGUCUGUGAGUAAGUUACAGGAAUGAUUCCUAGAACUUUGAGGUUCUGCAAGGUUCCUCAUUAGAUGGAGAAAAGAGAAGUGCAGUGUUUUUUAUUGACAUUGUUAGAGAUCAAGUAAUCAAAUGCCUUAGCAUACAUGUACAUAGUUCAUAGUUCUUAUGAUCAGUGUGUGACAAAGGUUAGAGAUCCGAGGCCAGUCCACCUCAGAGAUCAUCCUCAGGGUGGCUGUCCAGCAGGGAGACUCUCCUCGUCACUGUUGCUCUUUAACCUUGCAAUUAAUCCCCCCCACCUUGGCAUCAUUGAGACCCACAUACAGGGGUUCAGUGUGGUGGACACGAAGAUUUUGGCUCUAGCGUUAGCAGAUGAUCUGGUUUGUUGUAUCAGACUCUUGGCAGGGUACGGCUUCCACCUGGGAAUCCUUGAAGGUUUUUGCUGACCCGGGGACCUCAUGUCUGGGACCUCCCGUCCAUUACUCUGGGCCUCUGAUGGUCCAGGAGGGGUUGCUGCACCCAGCAGCUGCUUUAGAACUGAUUCUGACCAGGGGAAUUUGACUGUUUAAUUAAAACAAAGCAUUGUGAGGACUCUAAACGGGUGCUGACACGAUGUGAUUUCUGCCCAGUGCUCUGAAUGUCAAAGUGAAGAAAUUCAAUGAAGCGCGGGUAAACGGUGGGAGUAACUAUUACUCUCUGAGCACACCCGGAGUCACUGGAACAAGGCAGACUCCAGAGAGAGCAUUGAGCAUCGUGUCUUAGGCCUCCACCUCCGCGUGGUACACGGCUAAGUGAGGCCAUUUGAACGCAUCCUGCCAACUCUCUUAAGAGUUGGGCAGAGAAUUCACGCUUGUGAGGAGCCCCAGGAACGGGGGGUUUCCUCACACGCAUAGAACACUAACCUGCUAACCUUGCAAGUAAAUUCGAGGAGUCUCGAAUCAGGAGGUUGGCGGAGAGGGAGCCCACGGGGAACACCUGACACCAUAACUCUCAGGUAGUAUGGCCGUAAGAACCUUUCUGGUGAUUGCGGUUGGUCAGCAAUACGGGUGACGGAAGUCAGAGUGUCUUACUGAUCGGCUGUUGUCAUUUGGUUAGGUAAUUGUCAGGGUGCGAGACCCGAAUUGCCAAAUGGAGUGCAAGCAACUUCUUAUAUCCGGCCUUGCCGGGACCCGAAACCCAAAAGCUGCAGUUGGAGGGGUAACUCGUCCCCCAAGUUCUGAUGUCGCGGGACUUUCGGAACCGAGAGGGGUUGGUAGCAGUGGAUCAGGGGCUUGACGGGAGUAUCCACAGCCUCAAUGUCAGGGACGGCAAGGCCCAUAACCAGCCAGGACCAGGAGAACUGGCCUUCCCUAGCCCAAACGCCACCACCAUGGAUAGUAGGGCUUACGAGUCGAUCACGGACCCGACUCGAAGUAUUGUUGUGGACUUACCAGCUCCCAGCAUACUCUGAUCUUUGUGGUGUGCAGGUGGGCACUGUUCAACUGGCGGCAAGGCACUUUCAAAAACGUCAUAGUAAGGUGUCCAUCUCAUACAGAUGUCGCUGAUGUGGAAAAGCUUCCUCUAACCACCACUCAGUGGCCUGUCACAUCCCCAAGUGUCCGGGAGUGCAACGGGCAGCUGAUAUGGUGGGUUGCAGUCACUUCUGCGAUAGUUGUGAAGCUUGCUUCCCAACGCGGGGACCUGAGUAGGCACCGUUGCAUAGUCCACGGGAAGGUCCCAGAAUGUAGGAUGGCUGGGACCGCAUACCCCAGCGGAAGGGGAAGCAGUCAUGCGAUGCAGGGCUGAUGAGGAAGGAGCCGGCAAAGAUAUUGAGGACCUGGCUCUGUCUCUCUGUCUCUGCGCAUACAAGGGACAAAAGGGCAACAAAUGUAGUUUGGACACAAGAAUUGAGGGUCAGGAAUCUGAGCCUGUAUUGAGAGUCCCGGUGACUGGUCUCCUGGAGAUAUACAGGGGAAUGGCAGCGGAGAUGAUCCUUGUGGCCAGAUCCUCUAAACUAUGUCUUGAGGGUGCAGCCGAGUGGCCCGCACGAUUGGAAACUGCAGCCCGAUCCAUACUUCAAUUGCUUGGGGGAGUUGAGAAGGUCUGUGUGACGCAUCUCCUCCCGUAGGUUGCUUAAACGGCAAGCUAACGGCACCAGUAGGUACAGCAGGGCGAAGGUGUGAACAGCCGCCUUCAUCAGGUGCCAGAGGCUGUUCAGGAGCGACCCGGCCCGCCUAGCUAAAGAAAUCCUAGAUGGAGGUACAUCUGCCAUCUGACCCAUUCCCCUCUCAGAUGUUGAGGAAGCUUAAAGGGAGAAAUGGGAGGCCCCAGGAUUCUUUGGCGGGCUGGGAAGGUUCCUGACGGAGAGAGACGCUGAUAACAGCCCCUUUGAAUUGGCUCUCACGGCGACUGAGGUAUUGGAAAACCUUCGAGCCAUGUCGAGCGAUUCCGCACCAGGCCCAGACGGUAUUAAAAAGCAGUUUUUGCUCGACUGGGAUGCAGAGUGCGAGACGGUCACACGGAUGGUCAAAGUGUGGAUGUUCACCGGAGUCGCACCGGUGUGCUUCAAGUGAUGCCGAACGGUGCUGAUACCCAAGACUGGGGACGGGGCGGCGAUGGAGAUCGGCAGUUGGCGGCCGAUCACCAUUCUUUCCACAGUCUUGAGACUCUUCACUAAGGUGAUCCACAGUAGACUCGUUAGAGGGUGCUCGGUUCACUGCAGUCAGAGGGGGUUUAUCAACACCCCCGGUUGUUCUGAGAACAUUGAGGUUCUGCAAGGCCUCAUUAGACGGAGUACAGAGGAGUACAGCCCACUUGCAGCAGUAUUCGUCGACAUAGCUAAAGCAUUCGACUCUCUCAUUAACAUAUCUGGUAUGUUCUACAGGAGAGAGGAGUGGAUAUCCAUACAAUAGGAGUUAUUCGCAACUCCUAUUAACAAAGUGUGACCACCAUUAUAAUCGGAGACCAGUCCACCUCCAAGAUGUCUCUAAGAGUUGGUGUCAAGCAGGGAGACUCCUUGUCACCAUUGCUCUUCAAUCUGCCAAUGAACCCCCUCAUUGCCUACCUUGAGACCCACAGACAGGGGUUCAGUGUGGACUAAACGCUUUCAGUGUGGGCGAUUGCAGACAAUCUGGUGGUUGUGUCUGACUCAUGGCAGGGUAUGGCCUACAACUUGCCAAUCCUCACAAAAAUCCUAGCAUUUCUGCCAGUGCAGGGGGGCUGAGGCUUCAGCCUUCUAAGUGUUCUGGCUUUAUGAUGUCCUUUAAGUCCAAGGCAAGGUGCCUCAAUGGCUCUCCAUGUAGCUGGGCAUUUCGAUGUCGCCCUGGCUGGGUCUGAUAAGGCCAGACAUUGUCGGUAAGAUUUCUGAUUGGGUGAGCAGGAUUGGUUAGGCCAAGCUUAAGCCGACACAGAAGGUCUCCAUUCUGACUAGACCUGGUAUACCAAGGGUCAUUUACUCCGCCAGUUACUGCAGCCUUGGUUUAGCUACUCACCGCACACCUCGAACAGGAUAAUCAGGAAGGCUGUAAAGUGUACCAAAGUUAAAUUCCUUUUGUAUGUUAAAUAUACUUGGCCAAUAAAACUGAAACUGAACUGAACUAAAACUGAACUGAGAUGGCUACAUCUUCCUAUGUCGACCUGUGACUGGCUCUUGUAUGCACAUAACUAGGUUGGUGGCCUGGGGGUGCAGAAAGUAGCUCUUCAUUCCGUCCAUCCAGGCCAGGCGGCUGUUUCUACCAGAAAGCUCAUGAGCACAGAGAAAGUAUACACAAAGUUCAAAGCUGUAUGUAAGAGGACUGGAGGAUGAUCGUUGACUCACUCGCGGUGGCUUUGGUAGAGUACUUUGGGUUCCCUGUGGGAGCUAGAGGGCUCUGGCCGCUCUCUAAGGAAGUGCUGCUCAAGAUUCUGGGUCUUCCCUCUACGAGGAGGAAGACAUUUUCCAGACUGAUCAGUAGAAGGACCCUACUGUACUUCUUGGAUUUACUUCAAUUACUGUACUUCAAUGCAGUUCUGCAAUACUCUUCUUUCCUCACUAAAGUCUUUGGAAAUAAUAUAUGAGUAUUAAAUAUAUUUAUCAGGCAUUAGGUCCCGAAGGUGACAGCCCAGACGGGCAUACGAAACAGCUACAAAGAACCUGUCUGAUGCAGAAAAGUCCAAGGUGGCAGGCUACCUCACGCGCACCUCGGCCACUGCAGAGAAGCACUACCGAAUGAAGGAGAUUAGCUCAACGGUGGAUGCUUGCUUGAUACUCAAGAGCCUCUGUGGGGAUUCAGAUGGUGAGUGGAGUGACCACACUGCUAUUGGUUCCUCGUCCUUCUUGAGCGAUCAAGCUGCAUACAACAGGUUGCACCAGUCAUGCCAGUGUUGUUGGACGGGGUUCCACCAAAGCGGUCAGAGCAGGCAUCCCUGGCAGGGGUGCAUGAGCACUAUUGCUACGAUCCCUGGCAUAGUGAUCAGCACCAGAAUCAGAUGCAGCAAGUUCCAGAGAACUUUGCCUGUAGACUGCCCUCUGAAUCCAGAAUGAAGACCUGGAUUGAGAAGAAAGGGGUGGUCUGCAAACAUUCCUGAUGCUGCAACCACUGUCCAGCAGUGGAAGCCAUCUGGGGCAUCGACACAGCGAUGGACAGUGCUGUGUUGCAGAGGUUUUGCAGAACGCAGAAGAAAUGGAAGGGACUCAUAGUGGCAGAGAUAGAGGGGAAGGGUAGAGGGAUGUUGGUUACAAGGCCUUUUGCCUUUGGGAAAGUUGUUUGGGACUACCACGGUAAAGUGGUGUCUAGACAGGAGGGCUUAGCGACCCACAGUUCAACAGUAGAGAGGGAGAGUUGCUACAUGUUUUAUUAGAAUUCUGGACAGGAAGCUUGGUGUAUUGAUGCUCAUGGAGGAGUGUCCGUGCCAUCCAGGAAUACGCAUAUUUGGCCAGCUAAUUUAUCAUUCCUCAAAGAAGGCCAAACUAAGGCCUAGAUUAAACAGUGUAGAUGGCAAGGAUGUAAUCCUCUUCAUCGCCAUAAGCAACAUUAAAGUAAAUGAGGAGCUCCGGUUAGAUUACAGCUGGGGAGGGUUUAGGACCAGCAGACUAUGAGACAGCCCUAUCCAUCAGGCUGUGAAGAUGCUGAACUCUCUUCCUGCUGUACCCCCAUCCCAAUCCUGCCCCCAGCACACACUCACUCAGCCCCCUGACCCCCCCCACCAAUACAGUACUGAAACUCUGUACUAGAACACACACAGUACUUGAACUUUUCUAAUGGACCUGCACUACACACCCAAUACCUGCACUACUGCUAUACUCGCACGGUCAUACACACUUUAAUUCCCCGAAAACUGUGAACUUUAAGAACUUUACCAGGGUUCCCGCGGGUCCUUAAAAAGUCUUAAAUUGUCUUAAAUUAAAAUCUGGAUAAUUAAGGUCUUAAAUUGUCUUAUAUUUAUUGUAAAUUUGCCGUAGGUAUUAAAUUUUCAGACUGUAAAUUUAAUGCCGGUGGGAAAGCACAGUGGCUCACCGUAAACAUCUAAUUAUAUUAUUUGUUUAAUUACUUUAGGACAAAGACGGUAGUAAAUGAGUCUAAUGAGCUAUUAAUACCCGCUUUACGGUACGUCAGCGGCAGACGGCUGACGUCAGGCUGCGUGUCGGCAUUUCGCGGUUUGGGGUAAAGCACAUGAAGAUGGGGAAAUGUAAAUUUAGCGCUAAAUGGAUGGAAGAGGAGGUUUUUAGGAGGUGGUUGGCGCCGGCUGAAAACAAAAAUGAAGCUCUGUGCAAAUUCUGCAGAAAGACAUUUUCAUUAGGGACAAUGGGGCUCAAAGCCGUGGAGUCGCAUAUGAAAGGAGCUAAGCACCAGCGGUUCGUGGCGGCAGCAGCUAGCCACAGCGAGCUAAUGCCUGCGUUGUUUGCACCACGUCCCAACGUUAUAACUUCGGAUUCGUCGUCUCAGUCGACUAUGAAAAGCUUUAUUUCACCGCCAGCGACCCAAAAGGCCGAGGUACUGUGGGUUCUCCAUACUGUGAUGAGGCACAAUUCGUUUAAGUCUAACGAGGACAUAAGUGAGGUCUUUGCUGCCAUGUUCCCUGACUCUCAGCUUGCAAAGUCAUUUACCUGUGGUGAAAAUAAAACUGUAUAUCUUGCUAAAUAUGGGAUCGCUUCAUUCAUCAAGAAGGAGCUAUCACGCAGCGUUACUGAGAAGCCGUAUGUUAUCAUGUUUGACGAAAGCAUGAAUAAAAAGACAAAGAGCAAACAAAUGGACCUUCAUUUGCGGUUCUGGACUACUGAUGUUGAGACGGGCACACACCAUGUCAUCUCCCGCUACUAUGGGUCGGCGUUUAUGGGUCACUCCAGAGCCGAGGACAUGUUGGGCCAUUUCACUGAGGCUACAAAAGAUCUCAACCUGAAUAACAACCUGAAUAACAUAAGGAAGAAGGAGUUUUUACAAAACAACUGACUUCUCUGUUCAUUGGUUUCUCUUGUUAAGAGCCAUGUGAGAACAUGUGUGUUGUUUUGCUGUUUUGCAAACAGUUAUGUACAUAAUUUUUCAACUUAUUGGCUUGGGACAGCAAGACUGCUUUAAAUGUUCUUUCAUCAUUCCAUGGUUCCUACAUGCAAUCUUGUGUGUUGUUUAAAGUAAUGCAUCUUACAUGUUAUUUUAGCUCUGUUUUGUAUCAUAAUGGAACAAAAUAGAAAAAUGAGAGAAAAAAAACAGAUUUCCAAUACAAUAAAUUAUUUUCUACCAAAGAAACUGGGGUCUUAAAUUAUAUUUAUUGAGGUCUUAAAAAGGUCUUAAAAAGCAUUAAAUUUGACUUUUAAAAUGGUGCAAGAACCCUGUUUACGCACUCAUUCAUUUUACCAGCCUUAAGCCAUAUACCAUAUUUGCACUACUGUUAUAUACUAUUUAUCCUUCAUUCCAUCUCAAUCACCAUCAAUAUUGCACUAUUGUCUUCAGUCUUACGUAUGCCUUUGUGUUCUUGUUGUUUUGUACAUAGUGUCUCCCACUCUUUUAUAUUAUAUAUCUUAUUUCUUUUUAUUCAUAUUUAUGUAUCUUUUUUCUCCCCCACCACUACUGCACCUUGUUUCUGUCUCAUGUAUGUCUAUUUGUGUCUCUGCUGUAUUGUACACAUAGUGUCUCCCAUUCUCUUUUAUUAUAUCUAUUAUCUGUACUUGCUGUAAAAUUGGGAAGGAGAGUAACGUCAUUUCGAUUCUCUGUAUGUCCUGUACAUAUGCAGUACUGACAAUAAAACUACUUGACUUUAGAUUUAACUUGGCUGUGGUCCCUGCAGCAAAAAUCUAAAUUGCAUUAUAAAUGUAAAUAUAUAUGUAACUGUAGAUACUGUAAAUAUUAGGGUUAGGUUAUGGAUAAGAUUAGGAUUAGUAAUACAUAUGCUGCAAUGUGAAAUAUAUGUUCACAAAGUUGUGUGUGUACACUUUAUCUGCAACUUCUGCAAAACUUCUUCAAAAAAGAAUUUAAUAAAGCAACUGUUUGCUGAUAUUUGCCUGGUUUUGUUUGUUCUUUAACAUGCAUGCAGUAAGGUCUAGUCUAAUCUAGUCUGUUCUAACCAAUAAAAGGCAAGACCUGUAAAUAAAGCAUCACUGCACCUAAAAAAAGCACAUCAGGCGGCUGAAGUGAGCUGGCCUGUUGCACCAAUUUCGAAUCUGUGCAAUUUUAAUAAUUUACAGAAUUAAGAAUUUUAAAAUGGACUACAAAUCAACCUUUAGCCCAUAGCGCAUAAAAACAUACACUUUCAAAAACAGUGCCACAGCAAGAAAAGCAGUACUGAAGACGGGUGAUAUCUGGAGUCUUCCAAAUACUAACAUUUAAAUGGAAAAAAUAAAACACUCAUAUAUUAAUUUGCGGUUUGUGCAGAGAAGUAAAGGAUAUAAAUCUGGUCAGGUAGCCAGAUGUAUUGAUGAUCAUGGAGGGGUUUUGUUAAAAAAAAACUGAUCAGAAAAAUCAAGUUAAAUUUGAUUAACUACAGAGAAUAAGUUAAACACAAAGCCAAGUAUAAAAAAGUGAAGUGUGUGCAGUCUUAUUUAUAUAUGCUAUGUGUUUCUCCCUCAUUCAUACCCGGACUUGAUAAAGUUUCUUCUCCAUAGAUCAUGAUUCUGACUCAGGACUGUGCUCGACUGUCUCUAAACCCGAGAUUACACUCAGCUUAGCUUAAACUGAAGAGAGGGAGGAGGCUGCAUGUGAUUUAAUAGGUAGUAAUCUACUGUAUGUGGUGACCAGGACACUGUUCACCAUGGAACUCCCAAUGACCGUCUGAUGAUACAGUGAUAUAAAGAUAAAUAAAUCUCAUUUUUUAUUCUCAACUGGAUUAUAGACUGAACUCCAUUAGAGACUCUGCUGUUAAAGAGCACAGAGUUACUCAGUUUAUACUGAGAGAAAUAAAGUCUGAUUCUGAUCACAGUAAGAAGAGUUUGGGCAGUAAAUCAGAUUUUAUAGGGUUUCUGUUGAUGUGUGAACACAGUCAUUAGCACAGCUUCACUCUCCAGAGUGAACAUCCCUCUGUCUAUCUGCCCCAGUCCUGUCUUAUAUUAACCACGCCCCCUCAUUAUCCUCUACACCUGUUGGUAAUCUGUAACUCCUCCCACUCGUUACUGUCUCCAGGUGAGUUUUGUCUGUGUUUAGUCUACAUAUAGACCUUUUUUCUCCUGUUUCUGAU